AUGGCACCCAAACGUCCCAAUUUUCUGGUCAUUGUUGCCGAUGACCUGGGCUUCUCCGAUGUGGGCUGCUUCGGUGGUGAAAUCCGUACACCCAAUAUCGACAAGAUUGCCCAGGAAGGUCUACGGUUUACAGACUUUCAUGCCGCGGCAGCAUGCUCUCCCACACGUGCCAUGAUCAUGACAGGUACAGAUCACCACAUCGCAGGUCUAGGCAACCUGAUUGAAUGGACCAACAUCUCCGGCCAGAACGGACCCAAGGGUUCCGCCAUGAGCACCGCCCCGCAGCGUGGUAUGCCCGGCUACGAAGGAUAUCUUAAUGAGCGGGUAGUGGCACUCCCGGAGGUGCUGCGUGAUGGAGGAUACCACACAGUGAUGUCUGGAAAAUGGCACCUGGGACUAACUCCGGAGCGCUCGCCAUACAAGCGCGGUUUUGAGCGAUCAUUCGCCCAUCUACCUGCCUGCUCAAACCACUAUGCCUACGAGCCGGAACUGAAGGAUAAGGACCAGAUUCCUACCUUUAUCGAGGCGAGUUACAUCGCUCUGCAUAUGGAGGAUGGCGAGUAUGUGCGCAAACUCCCCGAGGGCUGGUACUCGUCCGAUGGCUAUGGUGAUAAAAUGGUAGAUUACCUGAAGGAAUGGAAAGAGACCGGUGGAAGUGAUGGCCCUGACGGCAAUGGAGACCGUCCCUUCUUUGCCUAUCUCCCCUUCACGGCGCCGCACUGGCCCCUCCAGGCCCCGCGUGAGUACAUAGACCACUAUCGCGGUGUUUACGACGAGGGCCCAGACGUACUCCGACAGAAGCGUCUGCAGCGCCUGAAAGAGCUCGGCAUGGUGCGCGACGAUGUCGAGCCACACCCCGUCCAGGCAGAGGAAGUCAAGUCGUGGGAGGAGUACUCGGCAGACGAGAAGAAGAAGUCCGCAGUAGCGAUGGAGGUCUUCGCCGGCAUGGUCGAGUGCAUUGAUUCCAACGUGGGAAAGGUCGUAGAAUACCUACGCUCCACCGACGAACUGGACAACACAUUUGUCUGCUUCAUGUCCGACAACGGAGCCGAAGGCGCCGCCUACGAGGCCUACCCGAUGGUCCAAAACGGCGUCAUGCCCCAUCUCCAGAAAUACUAUGACAACAGCCUUGAGAACCUCGGCAACGGCAACUCAUUCAUCUGGUACGGUCCGCGCUGGGCGCAGGCUGCCACUGCUCCAUCGCGCCUGUACAAGGCAUACACCACCGAAGGCGGCGUCCGCGUCCCAUUCACCUGCCGAUUCCCCAAAAACCUCAACAUCAACCCAGUCGACGUAGCAGCCGGAAAGGGCGGUAUAACAGACCAAUUCGCAACAGUCAUGGACCUAGCCCCCUCGAUCCUCGACAUGGCAGGCCUCAAACACCCAGCCCCAACCUACGAAGGCCGCGAAGUUGUCGAGAUGCGCGGCCGAAGUUUCCACCCAUGGGCAAUUGGCCAAGCAGAACGCAUCCACCCCAAAGAUUUCAUCCAAGGCUGGGAAACAUGCGGAAGAGCCGCGCUCCGCUGCGCAGAUUGGAAAAUCGUUUUCAUCCCUAAACCAAAGGGCCCAGAAAAAUGGCAGCUCUACAACCUCGUCAACGACCCCGGCGAGAUCCAUGACCUGUCCGAAUCCGAACCCGAGAAAUUGAAACAGCUCCUCAAACUUUGGGAUCAGUAUGUUCUUGAGACGGGCGUUGUCCCGCUUUGUCCCGAUCUGGGUGACUUCCUGGAGGCGACUGAGGCGCAGAUGCCGGAGAAUGCUUGGAUGGAGUUUGAUUAUUGGAAGCAGGGCGCUAGAGAUGAGCCGGAGAAGUUUUCCCGUCACCCGCCUAGGUUCCAGCGUACUGUUAAGCCUUUCUAG